GUUGGUUCUUUUGUUGGGACACCUGCUGACGUUGUACUUGUACGAAUGGUAGGCGAUAUUAAAUUAUCACCAGGUAAGCAUCUAUUAAAAUUUUACAUAAUUCACAAGGUUUAAGAUACAAAAUUGUUUCUACGUUUAUAUAGAAAAACGAAGAAAUUAUAAAAAUGUCAUAAGUGCUCUUAUUGAUAUAUGCCAAAAGGAAGGAAUUACAACAUUAUGGAGAGGUGCUGCACCUUCUAUUGGAAGAGCAGCUAUUGUCAGUGGUGUACAAUUGGGUACAUAUAGUCGAUUGAAAUACGCGUUAAUAGAUACUGGUAGAUAAAACAUGCAUCUCUCUCUUUUUCUUUCUCUCUCUCUCUCUCUUUCUCUUUAAUCUCUCGUUCAGUAUUUCUCGAAUCUUGUUUUAUUAUGAAUUCUUUUACAGGUUAUUUCAUAGAUAAUUCAUGGACGCAAUUUCUAGCAGCUAUUCUUUCCGGUUUUGUUGCAACUCUUACAUCUUUACCGUUAGACUUAGCGAAAACAAAAAUACAAAAUUGGGUAGGACCAAUGAAGCCCCCAGGCAUGAUCAAAAUAAUGAAGCAAACCAGUAAUCGAAAUGGCUUUUUAUCAUUGUGGCGAGGAUUUUUAGCUUACUAUACAAAGGCUUGUCCUACGGCAAUAAUUACUAUGCUAUUAGUUGAUCAAUUACAAGCAUUAUAUAUUCGUAUUUUUACUUGAAUUUUUAAUUAUAAAACACGUUGCA